AUGGAUUACGAGAAUCCGCAAAGGUCUCAGCUCGAUUUCGAGAGUACGCGGAGAGUGAAGCUGUACGACGUUCGCCAGCCAAACGUCGAUCUUCCCCCACUAAAACGCCCUACUUCCAGCCAAUCGAAACCCGGCCCGUCACGUACCAGUUUACCGCCCGCCCGAGCCCUGCCACAACAGGAAUACGAUAACUUACGUGAUGACUAUGAGUUUGAGGAAACGAUCGCUGAAUCGAUGCCCAGCUACUCGGCCAGCAGUCAAUUUCUCGAUCAAUCUGCAGUAACGGUGGACAGCUAUGAUGCUCCUUUUGCCUACGAGAUUAAUGGAAGUGAGCCAAGAAUCGCCGUCGGCCGAGCCCCGGUUCUUCAGCAACCAGAAGUGCGAAGCCGUCUGCCAAGACACCCGGGACUUUCCGAUAACAUUAACAACUAUCUAUACAGGAUGAAAAACGUGCUGAAGUUGCCGAAAGCUCGUCGCUGGGUGCACUGCGAGUUCUUCUAUUCGGCCAUCGAUGAUCAGCUGUUCAACGCGGAGAAUGAAUUUUCACAAUGCUUGCGGGAAUACUUUCCAAACCUCAAAACACGUUGGCUGCGAAGAAGUGAAUGGCGGGCCAUCCGAAGCUUGAUUGGAAAGCCGAGAAGGUGCAGUCCAGCAUUCUUGGAAGAGGAACGACACCAGCUCGAGUUGAAACGGACAAAGAUCCGCGCGGUUUGUAACGGGUCGAUCAACCUGCGAAACGACUUCGAUUUCCAAGACCUUCCCGCGUUGCUUCCGCGCCAGUUGGCAGUCGGUAUGAAAAUCCAUGCCCGAAUCCGGCACCCAAAAGACGGGAUUUACGCCGGCACCGUCGAUGCCAUCCUCCCCGAGGGGUAUCGAAUCGUUUUCGAGAGGGACGACCUACUGCAGCCGAUGUUUAUCCGCGACACGGAAAUCAUGACAGAUAAGAACGUCGAGCUGCUGCCACUCACCUAUUUCUUGGAGCAGAACCAGGCGGCUCUCCCAGCUCCACUAAAAAUCUCGGGCACCCCAUUAUUACCCGGUGGAAAGAUUCUCAACGACCGAACGGCCAGCCAGAGAAAUGACCUCAUCAUGGCCACCGCCACAAAACAGCUCGGCACCUCGGCAGCACCCGGGAAGACCGACGAGAAAGUCGGCAACUUUCCCGUGCGCCUGCUGGUGAUUCUCGUCAAAUAUGCGAAGCUGAUCGAGUCGAAGAAGGCCUCCAUUCGCCAAAUAAUUGAGCUCAACAAUGAGGCCGAGAAAGUGAAGAUGAUGCAGUGCGAAUACAAUAUCAAUUUUCAAAAUAAGUACGCCGAAGUGGUGAUGGAAAUCGAGCAGCUGAACAAGCACCUCAGCAACUACAUGCGCGGUGUCCAUGACUAUCACAAUCAACUGUUGCCGCAGUUAUCCGAGGUGGCCGUGAUUUCGCGACCGGAGGCCCUGCGCAAGGUCAGCACUUCCCAAGCGGUUCAGAUUGUCAAGCACUGCCGUAACCAGUUGGGAAGCCGCCAGCGCACCACCAAGGCGAACGAGCUGAUCACUGGAUUGACCAGCCUGCUCCUACAAGUCCGGCAACUCGGGCAGCAGAAAUGUUCAGCAAUCGACCUAGAAUCGAUAAAUGACACGAUAGAGGAGUUGAGAGCACAGAUUGCUCCAGUCAAUUUACGCGCUUUCGAGGACCACGUUGAGGUCCACAUCAAGCAGAUCCACACGAUGCUCCUGCAAAGCAACAUUGUC